UUACGUAUGCAAGCUUCCUGUUGGUGCGGCUUUCGGGUAGUAAAUAAACAUAAAUACGUCGAAACAUCUACGUAUUGCAAGUAUAUUUAAAAUAGAGACGAAUUCAAACAACACGCAAAAAAAUAAGACUGCACAGUGAAACUUAAUAGAAACUUUCGGUGUGGAGAACGACAAGGAUAUCCACUUUCAAUUAACUUUUAAAAUAAGAUCUUGAAACUAAGAAACAAUGAGAACAACAACGAUUUUUCUACUGUGUAUUAUUGGAUGUGCAGUUGUACAUGGACAGUUUCCAGGAGGGGGCCAAAAUUUUGGUCAGCAAGGAGGAGGACCUAACUUCGGUCCAGGUGGUCCACAAGGUGGUGGACCAAAUUUUGGUGCCGGGCCUCAAGGGGGUCCAAACUUCGGAGGUCCACCGGGACAGGGAUUUGGUCCUGGAGGCCCUCAGGGCGGAGGUAUUCCGGGACAAGGUGGCUUUGGUCCACAGGGUGGAGCAGGAAUUCCAGGACAAGGCGGCUUUCCUCUAGGAAACGCUGGAAUUGGUCAAGCUGGACAAACACAACAAGGACUUCCACCUCCCCCGCAAUCAAAUAGUGUUUGGACAUAUGCAACCUGCUAUUUGAAUGAAACCGGAUCAAACGUGAGAGGUCGUGUAGAUAUGAGACAAGCUACAUUCGGUGGUCCAACACAAGCUAGAGUACAAGUAAUUGGAUUACCCCCAAGCUUAAUGAGCGACACUGAACAUGGAAUGCAUGUCCACGAGUAUGGUGACGUAGGCAGAGGAUGCUAUGCUGCUGGACCUCAUUUUGAUGUCAAUGGCUUCUCUUUCCAUGGAUCACCAAAUAAUGUCAGAUCGAAUACAUUUCACGAGGGUGAUAUGGGUAAUUUACGACAAUCUAAUGCUGGUGUAAUAGAUGCUGAGUUAGUUCUACCCGCCAUGACAAUCGAUGGUGACAAUGGUGUUAUAGGACGUGCAGUUGUGUUACAUGAAGGUAGAGAUGAUUUAGGGAGAGGAGGAACCUCAAUGAGUCUUCAAACAGGAAAUGCAGGUGCUCCAAUAGCUUGUUGUGUUUUAUCUCAUGCCGAUAGUACGAAUUGGGAUAAUCGUUUUAUUCAAACAGGAAGACCCACACAAUUUUCAAAUACUAUUCCCACAAAUCCUAACCAGUUCGGAGGACUUCCAGGACAACAAGGCGCCGGAUUUAAUGCGCUAAAUCCAUUUGGACAAGGUCCUGGACCUAACGGCUUUAAUGGUGGUCCCGGCCCUCAAGGUGGUUUUGGAGGACCAGGUGGACCCGGUGGACCCGGUGGUCCCGGUGGACCUGGAGGACCCGGUGGACCCGGUGGACCUCAAGAUGGAGGAUUUGGUGGUUUCAACUAGACUUUCACUGACAUUGACUUAUCAGACGUUCUAUAAAAUAAGCCAUAAUUAUUUAUUUCAUCUCUGCAUUUAUCUAUUUCAUUGUAACAAUCAUCGUGUAUAUGUACAUAUACAAUCUUAAGCUGUCCGUUUUUUUGUAUCAUUUCCGGUUGUUUUUUAAUUACCAACUACGCUGGCGUAAUAGUAAAAAGAAAUGACAUGGGAAUAUUGAUUGUUUUAAAAAGGAGGAAGUGAUAAAAAGUUACGAAACAACGUUACUAUAAUCAUGUAAACGAUAUAGUCCCUAAGGCCAUGGACACGAACUUAGAAAAUCUGUCAUGCACUGACUUCCUGGUUUAGACGGAGUUAUUUUGUACUUGUUUAAUAAACAAAAUUAAAAAGAAGAAAAACAUUCAUAGUUUAUAUGUCAUGUCGUUCCCUUAUUUAGUUUGUUCGUGAUUUGGUUUGCCUUUAAAGCAUGCUUUUGGUGCUUUUUUAUUCACAGCCCGGUCUGUGAUUUGGAAAGGCUUGGGGGGGAUUCAGAACAACCAUGAUAAAAAUUACAUUGGUUUAAGUCAUUAAAUUAUGCAUCGGUGAACCAAAAUAAAACUGUCACUCGUA